AGGAAAAUAAAAGUCUGGUACUGUGAAUGGCGUCAAGCGUUUAUAAUUUACAUUUAUAUUCCCGUCGUUUUAUUUUGAUUGUACAAUUUCUUCAAUGUGGUAUUCCCAAUAAUAAAUGUAGACCUCUAGCAACCUUUUUAUUACAAGAAUAUAAACGAAUAUGGCUGAAGUUAUUACAGUAAAAGUUGAACCGUAUUACUAUGAUGAAAAUGCCGAAGAACUAAAGUCUGAUCAACAAAACGACCAAAAUGAUGUCUGCUCAGAAGAGAUUAAGACAGAAGAAGAUGCCCCACAGAUGAAUAUAGACUUUGUGGAUAUUAAAUCUGAAGUUGACACAUCAAUUGUUAAAGAUGAACCUCAGGAGAAUGACUUCAUAUUACCUGACUUAGAUGCUCGAGAUGGUCCUCCAAUGCUUGGUUGUGGUGUUGACGAAGAGUUGAAUGCGAACGCCGUGUCUAAUGGCAAAUAUACCUGUGACGCAUGUCAUAGAGGAUUUGACACAACGCAAUUUUUGACAGAGCACAAAACAAUCCACCAAAAACAGAAUCUAGAAUGUCAUAUGUGCUCAGAGAAACUCCCGAAUCGGGAAAAGUACUACGCGCAUAUAAACGAACACGAUACGGACGGUAAAUUCAAAUGCACACAAUGCACGUUCGGAUGCAAACGAAAAUCUGCCUUACUUAAGCACCAAGAAAUCCACUUAAGGUCAUUUACGUGCGACAAUUGUGAUAAGAACUUUGUCGAUCAACGAAAUUUGACGAGACAUAUUGAAAAUAAACGGUGCAAAAAACCGAUUAUAAAGUGCGAGAUGUGUGACAAGGAGUUUGAUAAGACCCAUUUGUACAAAAGUCAUCUACGUAGACAUACCACAGAGAAGCCGUUUGAAUGUAACAUAUGUGGAAUGGCACUUAAAUAUAAGUCCGCCUUAGUUCAACACAUACUCAGACAUAGCGGGAACAAGACCUUCAAAUGCGAUCAAUGCGACAAAACAUUUGACAAUGCGAGCGCCAAAAAACGUCACCUGUCAUGCCACACUGGUGAGAAACCAUUCCAGUGCGAUAUAUGUAAAAAGGGGUUCACGUUCAAACACAACAUGCAAACACAUAUGAAACGGCAUAGCAAGAAGAAAAACGUCCAAUGCAUGGUUUGUGAUAAAAUAUUCCCACGAGAAAGUAGAUUGAUAUAUCACAUGAGAUCGCACACCAAUAGCAGGCCCUUCGGAUGCGAUCUGUGCGUGAAAAAGUUCUUCAAUAAGCAGAAUUUGAUUAAGCAUUAUAAAGAUAAGCACCCUAAUGCAAGUUAUACGAUAACAACAUCGGAUGCUACUGUUGCUAAGUUAGUUUGGCAGAAAAUUCAAAAGAAGUUGAAGGAGGGCGGAAAGUUUGAAUAGUUAUUACUUUCCAAUAUAAAAUGUUACAUUUGAAUGUAUUAAGUAUUCAAAUUAUUAUCAACCGAGUUUAAUUUGUGGUACGACUUACACAAGCUUGAGAAGGUACAGUUUUGAAGUUUGCCGAUUAAGACAGUUUGGCUCCAUGCCAUUUAUGAAUGGGUUAUAGAUAAUAAAACCGUAAUUAUGUAACUAUAGUUUAUUGUAUAAAGACAAAAGUAGGCGUUGAUAUGAAUAAAAAUGGGUUUAUAAAUUAUUUCUUUUUCAAAGGCAUGUCUAUAUGCAGAUUAAUUUGAAAAUUGAUUUCAUUGUUUUAUAAAUCCUGGCGAUGAUUAUGGUACAGUACAUGAUCGAUGUCUUAAUUUUUUUUAAACAUUGUUAAGGUGUCCUUGUAAAUGUGAAGCGUAUCCUAAGUCAAUAUUAAAAUAUGAUUGUAUA